GACAGGAACUGCGCAGCCGCGGAAUUGGAUUGGGGGAGAGAAAAGAGAGAGAGAGAGAGAGACCUAGAGCGAGAGCUUAACAGUCGUCCGCCAUUUGCCAGAGCCUGACUGAACCGGGAGGGUGAGCGUCGAGCAGCCACUGCCAGAUAAAACCGGAUAACAUCUCUUCUCUCAUCAGAAAAAGACUCACACACCGUGACAACAUGCGCGAAAUUGUGCAUCUCCAGGCCGGCCAGUGCGGUAACCAGAUUGGAGCGAAGUUCUGGGAGGUCAUCAGUGAUGAACAUGGGAUUGACCCCACAGGAACUUACCAUGGUGACAGCGAUCUGCAACUGGACCGCAUCAACGUCUACUACAAUGAGGCUUCAGGUGGGAAGUAUGUGCCGAGGGCCAUCUUGGUGGAUCUGGAACCGGGCACCAUGGACUCCGUCCGCUCCGGCCCCUUCGGACAGAUCUUUAGACCAGACAACUUUGUCUUUGGUCAGAGUGGAGCAGGUAACAACUGGGCAAAGGGCCAUUACACAGAGGGAGCCGAGCUGGUGGACUCAGUCCUGGAUGUCGUGAGGAAGGAGGCUGAGAGCUGCGACUGCCUUCAGGGUUUCCAGCUCACCCACUCUCUGGGUGGUGGUACCGGCUCUGGUAUGGGAACCCUGCUCAUCAGCAAGAUCCGGGAGGAGUACCCCGAUCGUAUCAUGAACACCUUCAGCGUGGUGCCCUCUCCUAAGGUGUCUGACACGGUGGUGGAGCCCUACAACGCCACCCUGUCUGUCCAUCAGCUGGUUGAGAACACGGAUGAAACCUACUGCAUCGAUAACGAGGCCCUGUACGACAUAUGCUUCCGCACCCUCAAACUCACCACGCCCACCUACGGAGACCUCAACCAUCUUGUGUCUGCCACCAUGAGCGGGGUGACAACAUGCCUACGCUUCCCCGGUCAGCUGAACGCCGACCUUCGCAAGCUGGCUGUCAACAUGGUCCCCUUCCCCCGCCUGCACUUCUUCAUGCCCGGCUUUGCGCCACUCACCAGCCGCGGUAGCCAGCAGUACAGAGCUCUCUCUGUGCCCGAGCUCACUCAGCAGAUGUUCGACGCCAAGAACAUGAUGGCAGCUUGCGACCCGCGCCACGGCCGCUACCUGACUGUGGCUGCAGUGUUCCGCGGCCGCAUGUCAAUGAAGGAGGUGGACGAGCAGAUGCUGAAUGUCCAGAACAAAAACAGCAGCUACUUUGUAGAGUGGAUCCCCAACAAUGUCAAAACAGCUGUGUGCGACAUCCCACCCCGUGGGCUCAAGAUGGCUGCCACCUUCAUCGGUAACAGCACAGCUAUCCAGGAGCUGUUCAAACGAAUCUCCGAGCAGUUCACGGCCAUGUUCCGCCGCAAGGCCUUCCUCCACUGGUACACUGGGGAGGGCAUGGAUGAGAUGGAGUUCACUGAAGCGGAGAGCAACAUGAACGACUUGGUGUCCGAGUACCAGCAGUACCAGGACGCCACCGCCGAGGAGGGGGAGUUUGAGGAGGAAGGCGAGGAAGAGGUCGCCUAAGGCCAACAUCGUUUCAUCAGCACUUCAUUCAUUUAAUUCUGCCCUGUUCUGAUCUGUCUUUAGUGCAGUUUGUGUUCUCGCAGUAAUGUCCUCUCACCUCUCUGUUCCUUCAUUCAGAGUAGGACCUGCAAAUUCAGCACUAAUCUGAGCCUAUGUAGAAGGUAGAUUUAAUUGUGCUUGUGGUGGUUUCUCACUGUAGUUUUGGUUCAUUUUCAUCUUCCAUACUUGGACCAGUUUCAUGACAUUCAAAUAAAUUUAUUGAACUAAA